UUCUUAUCACUAUUUUAAAAUGAAGUAGAGCUAAGGCGUCUUCUCUCAGAGUGAUGCAUGGCGUACAUGCCUAGUACUUACAAAUGAGAGAAGUUCAAGCUUUCGUUCAUAUAAAAACGAACUGCAGAGUGCUACAGUCAUCAAGUUGAGUGAUACGGUCACCUCUCUCUACUAGUCACCGUAGGGUAUUUCUGUUGUUUUGGCUGGGAAAUCUCCACCAAAGUUAGUACCUUGUUAGUACUGUCACAGAUAGGAAGCUAUUACAAUGCGGUUUUUCUUAGCAACGGUUUUGGUAGUCACGUUGGCUUGCGCCUAUGGCAAAGUCGUUCCAUUACAAAGGCAUGUGAGGGACGUAAGUGGUAGUGCAGCGUCGGCUGGCUCGCAAUCGGCCAGUGGUGCCGGGGGCUCAGCUUCCCAAAGCGGAAGCUCGGCAUCCUCCCAAUCCUUUGGCCAAUUUCCUCAUUUUGGACCACAGUUUAAUCAACCAAUGCUGUUCGGUGGUAAUCAACUCGGAUUCGGACAGUUUCCACAAUUCCCUCAGUUUGGGCAGUUCCCAGGUUUCACCGGAUCUUCAAGCGGUGCCUCAUCCAGCUCAUUCAGUCAAGGAGGAGGUCAUGGAGUGCAAUCGGGAUCGCAAUCAGGCUCGCAAUCCUUUUCGUCUAGUACCGGUGGACAUGGUGGGUCUGGAUCGCAGUCUGGAGCUCAGUCUGGAUCUCAAUCCUUCUCAGGUGAUGGCCAUGGUGGUCAAACUGGAUCAGGAUCGUCUGCUGCAUCUCAAUCAAUCAGUAGUGGUCUCGAACAUGGUGCUCACGGAGCACUAGGCUCAGGAUCUCAAGCUGGAGCACAAUCAACAUCCGUUGGACAAGACCCUGGUCAUCAUGGAGAAAUUGGAACUGGUUCUCAAGCAGGAGCACAGUCUUCAUCUCUCGGACAGGAACAUGGUGGUCAUGGUGGUUCUGCAAGCGGUUCCCAAGCUGGGUCGCAGUCUUUUGGUGGAGGUGCAGGCCACCAUGGAAGUACCGGCAGUGGCUCUCAAGCUGGAUCGCAAUCUUUCAAUCAGGGUCAAUCCUCCUUUGGACCCGGUGGAAGACAUACACAAGUUAGUCAGCAGGGUGAUGGAUUUGGAGUACGAAUCAGCACUGAUGAAUCAGCUGAUGGAACCAAGAAAAAGGCAGAAAGUGAGGCCUGGGUAUGGAAAAACUAAGAAACUAAUGACGAAAUAAACAGAAAAUAUUCCCAAUGAUCACGA